GCACGAGUGCGGGCGUACCCGGGGACUGAUGGCGGAAACGGACCUGGUCGCCGAGUUUCCCAAACCUGCGAAUGCUGCGCGCUCUGCCGAGGUUAUGGGUCGCUUCGUCGCCAGGCUGGGCGCGCAGGGCCGGCGAGUGGUGUUGAUCACGUCCGGCGGCACCAAAGUUCCCCUGGAAGCCCGGCCAGUGCGCUUUCUGGACAACUUCAGCAGCGGUCGGCGCGGCGCUAUCUCGGCCGAGGCCUUCCUGGCCGCGGGUUACGGGGUCUUGUUUCUCCACCGCGCUCGUUCCGCCUUCCCCUUUGCCCACCGCUUCCCGCCCCAGACCUGGCUGUCGGCGCUGCGGCCCUGCGGCGCAGCCCCUUCGGGCUUGCUGAGCCUGGAGGCCGAGGAGAAUGCACUUCCGGGCUUCGCGGCGGCUCUGCGGAGCUACCAAGAGGCUGCGGCUGCCGGCACCUUCCUGGCCGUGGAGUUCACCACUUUGGCGGACUAUUUGCAUCUGCUGCAGGCUGCGGCCCAGGCGCUCAAUCCGCUGGGCUCUUCUGCGAUGUUUUACCUGGCUGCGGCCGUGUCAGAUUUCUAUGUUCCUGUCUCAGAAAUGCCUGAACACAAGAUCCAGUCAUCUAGGGGCCCACUGCAGAUAACAAUGAAGAUGGUGCCAAAAAUGCUUUCUCCUUUGGUUAAAGACUGGGCUCCCAAAGCAUUUAUAAUUUCCUUUAAGUUGGAGACUGACCCUUCCAUCGUAAUUGAUCGUGCACGGAAUGCUUUGGAAGUUUAUCGACAUCAAGUGGUGGUGGCCAAUAGCCUUGAGUCACGACACUCCUCUGUGGUUAUUUUAACGAAAGACUCUGAGACCAAGAUAUUGCUAUCAGAGGAAGAAGUAGAAAAAGGCAUAGACAUAGAAGAGAAGAUAGUGAGUGAUCUUCAGUCUCGACACACAGCUUUUAUACAUGACAACUGAAGUUAAAAGCCUUUGUAGGAUCAAAAAUUGUUCAGUGGGAAAAAAAAAAUUGUUCAGUGAAUCAGGACUUGUUUUCUAAGUGGUAAAAACAAGUCCUUUGCUUUCAUGAAGACAAAAUAUGAAGGGAAAGAAACAGUCAGUGGUAUGUAGGUGAGGGUAGGUUGGUAUUUGUCUA